AUGGACCGGCAGAACGUGGCCGGCUCUUAUACCGGACAAUAUGGGAUGCAGGACUCCCAGGUCGGCGGCUACCAGAAUGUACCAAUCGAUCCAGGGUGGACGCAGCGAGUCCUGGACGAGAUGAAAGACCUGCUGCUCCUUCUAAAUGCCGAGGGACGGGUCACUUAUGCGUCGCCGUCCUCGAAACAAAUUACCAGCCGCGUGGCAAAACAGCUCGAGGGCAGCGUCCUUACUGAGUACCUCCACGACGACGACAAAGCCAUUUUCCAGCAGGACCUGGACGACGCCGUGGCGAGCAACGCGCCUUUCCGGACCCACUUGCGCUUCCGGAAGUCAAACGGUUCGUACAACCUCCUCGAGGCCUAUGGGCAUCCGCAUGUUGCAAACGAGCAUGACCAGCCCCGUGGUGCUGGAAAUGUCUCGAGUCGCUGCACCGGGUUUUUCCUCGUGUGCCGACCCUAUCCAUCCAAGGUCUCCCAGAUGCUUGAUUCAUUCCUGGAACACAAGAUCGAGAAUGCGCGGCUGGUGCAGCAAAUUGCCAAGCUGAAAAGGGAGGAAGAGGAAGAAGAAGCCGCCGCAGUCCGCAUGGCGUAUCAGAGAUUCGAUGACAAGCGAGCACCGCUGGUCGACGCUCAGAAUGCCUCGGCGACGGCGCAGGCGGGGGUCUCUAGCGACCAUGAUUCGACCGAGACCUUGAUCAAUAAUUCGGAUGAUUCAGAUACCAACGCGAUUGAUUAUCUCUCGUCGGAUCCGCUCCACCAACUGGAGAGUCUGUCGCAUAUCGACGGCAUCGAAGUCAUGACGGGUCUUCACUACGGAGAAGGCGAGAGAUCGCAGGGUCUCAGUACCGGUGUUCGUCGUGGUCGUCUGAUCCACUGUGAUAUCGACAUUACUACGGCCGCCGACCAAGCCCGCACUGCGCAGGAAGGCGAUAGACGCAAGAGGCUGAAGGGUCAGCAUGUCUGCAGUGACUGUGGAACUGCUGAUUCGCCGGAAUGGAGGAAGGGUCCGAAUGGACCGAAGACAAUGUGCAAUGCUUGCGGCUUGCGCUGGUCCAAGAAGGAAAAAAAGCGUCAGGAAGUAGCCUGA